GCUGCUGGACUUGAGUGAUUCAGAUAAAUCUGCAAGGUUUGAGAGUCUGACAGAUGCACCUGGGUCGGUCUGCCAUGCCUCUGGGAAAAUAGCGUUUGCUGCUAGUUUUGAGACAGAUGAAACCCUGUUUGCAAAACCUCAGUGUGUAACGCUAAAUCCUGAAAGGCAAGGAAUAAUUUAAAGAAAAAAUAUUAUUUUUAAUGCGAAGAAGCUUGGACAAGAUACAUUUAUUAUAUAUUCACUUAACAAUUAACAAAUGAAGCUAAUAAUAACAUGGCACAAUGUCAACUGCGCUUGGUACACAAAAAUGCUGGAGAAACUCAGCGGGUGCAGCAGCAUCUAUGGAGCGAAGGAAAUAGGCAACGUUUCGGGCCGAAACCCUUCUUCAAUUGCGCUUGGCAAUAUACUGAAAUGCACAUUAAUUUAGCUAACUUAGUUUUAACUUGCAUUUUAUACUGUUCCUUGUUAUUGAAUAUUGCAGUGAUAAAAUGUUUUUAUAAAGUUCUCAUUGGCUUAAUAUUGGUGUUUUGGGUUAAACAACCAAAGCACCUUUAAAUCUGCAGCUGAACUGGUUUUGUUGGCAGUAAAGAAUACUUGAUCCACGUUGGGGGAAAUAAAUCACACAAACUAGUUAACUAAACAAUUUAUACAACACUGUGUAAAGGCACGUUGAAGGAUGGUUGUUCAAAGCACGUGACAAGAAGUCUCUUUGGAGGCAAGAUUUUGCUCUUUUGUGGUUUUCAGUCACAAGGUCAUAGAUGAGAGCUUACUGUGCUGUAUGAAUGCUGAGGGGAAUCCAGCUCAUACCAAAUCCUGUAUGUUUUCGACAAGCGGUUCAGAGGCUUUGAAUAUCGCCUGACCUCCCACCAAGUGAGAGACCGAACUGGAGCCCCUCCUCUGUGCCCUGAUGUCAUAUGUUGGGAGAUGAUUGCAAAGAAUGGCCAAGUAGCUCAAUAGCUUCUGACGCCAUUCAAUGAUCUGCCGCGCUGAAUCAAAGUUGUAUUGACAUUUCUGGUGCACACCUAUGUACGCAUUCCGGAUAGACACUUGUUACAGGUCUCUGUAAACCACGCAGGCUGUUUCUGCAAGACUUGUCCUUUAGCUGCGACAAUCCUCCCAACAAUAAAGGUUUGGAGGCAAUCUUAAUCUUAAACAAACCAAACCGGGGUGUGGUGGAGGGGGGUGGAUGAACAUAAAAGGGAAAGCUCCAGGAAAUCAACUGAACAGGUGUCCAGGUUAAACUGCGUUAACAGGUGGCAUUGGCUGUGUCUGUGACAGCGGCUAUGUUCAGUCUUGCACAGAGCCGAGACGGACUCCUCAGUGCUCUCACCGGCGCACUCUGAGAUUACCUCGGAGCUUUUAAAAGGAUCGGUAAUGGCUUUUCAGUGGAUCGAAAAUAUGAAUCAAUAUAUUUUUUUAAACUCCUCGUCUCCUGCUGAAGUAUACCGUAUAAAUAGCACGUGUCUUCUAUUCACUCCUUGUUUAGCUAUUAUUUCCUUUAAAAUAGAAAUAUCAUAUGAAUCUCCACGGGGAAACAUGUUAAUCCUGGGGGGUGUUUCCCGAGUGGAGUCUCAGUGCACGAAGCAUUCGGGUGGGUUUAAAAUAUUUCGUCUGGCAAUUUAAAGGUGGCGAGGAGUGUACUUGCUCUGUCCGUGACCAUCAUUUCACAAGCUUGCUUUAAAUAGUUUUUUUCCAGCUUCACCAAUGGCCCACGACCGGAUGCGGAGAAGCCUUUGGGACGGCAAAUGGCCUAUUCAGUUUCACGUGGAUGACGCCAUUUAGCCAUUAGCUAUAACCGGACAAAUCACUGCAUGCCGAAGAGAGAGAGAGAGAGAGAGAGAGCGAGAGGGGAGUCAGGACGGGGCUGUUUGUUUGGGGCGAGAGAGAAAAAAAAAACCUCGUCUGUUAGUGUGAAGUGAAUCUGAGUCAGUGGCAGAGCUGCGGCAUCGGGGAGGGAUAUGGUUCGCCGAUAGACUCUGACAGUCCAGGACACAGCGCCCUUCGCCCGGGAGCUUGUCAUUGAUCGGACACCGACUGCACUUGAAGCACAGCAGACAAGGUUACUGCCACAGCUCAGCCGGCAGCAUCGAAAAGAAACAACCGACAUCUUUGGCGAGGUCUGACCGAUGUGUAGCCAGCCCGCGGGCCUGCUCCGCUCGCUGUCAGAUGGAAGCCCCGACCGCCGUGGAUUCGCCCUUCUCUCUCCAGCUCGCCCACGACAGAGGGCGGCAGCGGAUUGAUCCUGACUCGGGAGAGAUGCAGCCGGGUCCGGUGCUCUCCAUCGACCAGAUCCGCUCCAUCCGGGCCAACAACGACUACGUGGAGCGGCCCAUGGUGACCAUUGCAAGGGUUGCAACCAGCAGCCCGUCCAGCUCGGCGCAGAAGGGGGAGAGGACGGCAGAACCCAGCCUCGCUGGGGUGGGGGCGCGCUCCUCGGCGCAGCUCCAUCACCACGUUCAGCAGCACUUGAGUCGAUCCACCAGUACUGUCAGCUCGGCAUCCCGGAGCAGCACCACGUCCGAGCACAGACUGCUGGUCAGCGUGAGCUCGUCGCCUUCUGUCCAAGGAAUUAUCAGGGCGCAGCCCAAGGCUGACUUCAAAGCCAACUUUACCAAGGCUCCAGGCGCCGAGGACUGGAGCCAACACUCGCUGCGGUGCGAGGAGUGCGGGAAGUGCAAGUGCGGCUCCUGCACAGCCCCGAGGACUCUGCCUUCGUGCUGGCUCUGUGACCAGAGGUGCCUUUGCUCAUUCCAGAGCGCCCUGGAGUACGGCACUUGUGUCUGCUGUGUCAAGGGCCUCUUCUACCAUUGCUCCAACGACGACGAGGAUAAUUGUGCGGACAACCCGUGCUCCUGCAGCCAAGGCAACUGCUGCGCUCGUUGGACCGCCAUGGGCCUCAUCUCUAUCUUCCUGCCCUGCUUAUGGUGCUAUUUGCCGGCUAAAGGAUGCCUUCGACUCUGCCAAGGUUGUUAUGACGGCGUCAAGCGGCCGGGUUGCAGGUGCAAGAACUCCAACACCGUGUGCAGGAAAGUUUCAAACGCACCUUGUCCCAAAACCUUCGACAAACCUUUGUGACCAAGAGACUUUACCUAUACCGUGACCAAUGCUAACCCUGUGGAAGUUCAGAAGUCACAUUCUCCAAAGCUUCCUUCACCCCUUGGAGAGAUUUCCAAGGGGGGUUGAAUUCUCGCGCUGAGACUACCCCACUGUGUGUGUGUGUGUGUGUGACUGUGUGUGCUGUGUGUGUGUGUGUGUGUGUAUAAGAGAGAGCGGUAGCAGUGGAGUGGAGAGCAGAUUCUCAGCUGGCUGUUUGUAACUUCCUGGAAAUCUAAUGGUUCUCUCAAUAUCUUGGAGUUUGAGCAUUUAUAGUCGACCGAGGGAAAGGGGGCAACCUAGACCAUUCCAGUUAAGCACCUUCUUGUGGGUUCUUCCUGUGUUUGUUGCAGGCCCAAACCAUGUCUUUAUGUGGCUGGCAAUGAUUCCCACUGUAGAGAGUAUCAAGUACACCAACCGAAAGAAAUUGAAUGUUCUCCAUAGCCCACUACCCCCCCCCCCCCCCCCCCCACCCCCCCCCCCCCCCCCCUACACCUCACUCCGAGGGUGACUACCUACACAGGACGGGCUUCCAUCCCGGAGGGCCUAAGAGUUGGAGGAGAGCAGAAGCUUCUUCUUUGAGUGAUCCCCGUGUGGAGACCUGGGAAGCGAGCCCUCUGCCAGAUGGUUGCGUCUUCAGUAAACCACUGUUUAUGGGAAAACCAUGCAACUUGUCUUCCGUCAAUGCAUUAAAUAUUUAUUGCUUGGCUUAGAAAUGCGAUAUAGUCAAUUGACAAUAUAUUCUCUUUCUCUUGAAUCACAGACGCGAUUAUUUACGUAUUAUUCUGUCAGUUACUCAAAAAGUUCGGUUAUGGGGAGCGGGCGGCGUUUGAAACCGUUUUGAUUCUUUGUCAAUUCAUGGAUUCCGAGCGCGAUUGUUUGCAAAAGUUCGGCUGAUACUUUUCGUUUGCUAACACUCAAAGUGGAGUAGCUAUUCUUUUCCAAUGGAUUUGUGUUUUUAAGAGGAAACGCGUUCGCUCCCCACGUCCCUUCCCCUUGCUCAUUGGUGGCCGUUACACGGGGACUUAAUAUGGAUUUCAACACGUUGGGUAAUUGACACGCUGUAUAUCUGCAUGUGGUUGAGAGGGUUGGGUGGCACUUUUAUGGCGAAGAAGGCGGAUUUUUCAAUGUUAGCCAGACUUUUUGCCACGUUGAUGUUCAUCAUCACAUCGUGCGUGCACCGCGUUUCAUCGCCCUCCUAGAUUAGGACUUCCUAUGUAGAGGGAAUGCGUGCUCAAAACAAUGGGAUUUGGGGUUGUGUGCCUGGUGCCAUGCUGUGGCAUUUGCCACUGAAGCUGUUGGACAUCGGGCUGACUGGCCCACGUUUCAACACGGCCUUUUCGGGUGGCGAAGUGAGCCCUUAAUGACUUCGGUCCAACCGUGUUCAUGCGCCGCUUGGCAAACCGCCCCCCGCCCCUGAAUAUGAAACGACGACAACCUGUUACAGGUAACUCUGCCCAGAAGCAAAAAAAAUAAUCCAUGUAGACACGCACCAAUUGUGUUUCUGUCGUUUCACGCAGUCGCCCACCCGUGUUUACGCUCAAACACUAUCUAUCCUUCAUCCUACCUUUCAUGCAAUUGUAGUUGUACUAACUAUUAAUUGUAUGAGUGUCCGUUUCACCCCCAACUUUAAAUUAACGAAUCACUUAAAAAUAGCCAGUAUAAAUUUACAUCAUCCUUGUUGCAUCACUGUUCAUUAUAAAUCACAGUUCACAUUAUCUGGGUCUGAAGAAGAGUUCCAACCCCAGACAUCACCCAGUCUUCUUCUCCAGAGAGGCGGCCAGACCCGCUGAAUUACUCCAGCACUUUGUGUCUAUCUUCAAUAUUAUCCUCAUUGAAUUCCAUUCAGUAUGACUUUUAAUUGGGAGGUUGUUGUAGGAAAACGAAAUCAGAGAUUGUGUUUCUUCUGUACUUUUUUUCACAUUGAGAUAAAUCGAAUUUGUCCCUUGGCCAGCAAUCCUGUAUUUCCGAAGAGCACAGUCACCAUGUUUAAGCUGAUAUUCAGUUUUACUUUUUUUUUGUUCUAUGCUCUACAAAUGGUAAUUUUGUGCUUCGUUCCAAACUAGCAAGAAAGGAGCAAUUAACUAUGAGGCAUAUUGUCUUUUGAUAAAUCGCCACAAAAUCCCAAUAAGACCAAUAAUGUUUUUUUAUUUGGCAAUUUACAGUUACUCUAAGUAUGGGCUAGCUGGGGUCUAAAAGAAAGGCGCUGAUCUCACCAGGGCAAGCCUGCUUUUCAACUGGAAUGGUCCUCAUUAGGACUUCGAAAGAUCCCAGAGAGUGGGAUGAUCCGAAGGGAAGGGGAGCAAUGUUGUUCAACCUCUGACCUCUCUCCCCACCCCGGUGGCCGUGGGUGGAGGCCAGGGGAGGUCGAAGUUAAAGAGGGGCAACCAUGGAUAUCCACGAUCGCCAUGACUGCCCUCUUCAACUAAGAAAGGGAGGCCCCCACAGAGUAGUUGCCGAUGAGCUUUGGGACUACCAGUAUAACCAAGCAGAGUUCUGUGCAAGGAGGAUAUCAUGGAGUUUGUACUUGAAUGGUCUGUGACUGUUCACAAUUGGUUAUUCUAGAGAGGCUAUUAAAUAAUUCAAAGACCAAAUCUUCUUGGCUGUCCCAAGGGACAGCCUGCCCUUUUAGAGUGAAGUCUGUGGUAAGAGCAGUAAAGGUAUGUCUAGCAAUUGCAACCCGCUCGCCCUGCAGUAUCUCUGAUCAAAACGGUUUCUUACAUUAUGUAUCUGUAUUUUAAGCAUGUGCAUUAAAGGACCAUUGACAUUUUUGCAAAUUGAAACUAUAAUAAUGAUUACAUUCAUAAUACAAACCGGCCAAUAUUGAUCAUAGGAGCCAGGGAACGAUGCAUUUACCUUAGGGUCAUGGUUUUCCUAGAACCUACUUUUCAUUAAAAAAAAUAUAUACAUUUUUUCAAAAACUUUGCAAAUAUGCAACAGGGGACAUAACCAUUCACUAACUAGCGUGUUAUUAAAUUUGUUCGCAAGAUUUGCAUUACGUUAGCAUGGUUUUCCUGCAAGCUGUUUGGCAACCUGAAACGCCAGGAAACACACUGUUUUAUGAAAAAAACGUUGUGUGUGUGUAUGUGUGUGUGUGUGUGUGUAUGCAUGUGUGUGACAAUUAUGCAAUGCCCUCUGCCUAAAAACCAGUACACGAGGACAGAAAUCAAUUUGAAUAAGCCAUACAGAAUCUACGUGGGGAUCCGGAAAAGAACACCUUUAUUUUGGACUAUAAUGCAGUGACACUUUAUUGCCUGGAUGUCUGGAGCACCUAUCGGAUCACAAUUCAGCGUACAAUCUGGGCCUUGAUUCAUUAAGAGGAGGAACCACUGGCACGUUUCGAUCUGACCAGACGUCACGUUCACGGGCAUUUCUUGCUUUUUGGGGGGGCUAUGAACAUGGCAAGAGCCUGCUCUUUGUUAUAGUUACUUUGAUAUAUUUUUGUAUAUACAAAAUUAUUAAUACUGUGAAUGGUGCCAUAUGAAGGAAGGACUCCGGUUAUUGGUACAUUGUACAUUCAGGUGAAUGUCCGACUGUCUCCUGCUAACAUCGGGCUCUAUUACCCUAUAUACAAAUUCCAAUUAUUGCAUUGCUUAGGUACAAUUGGCAUCCUGUAUAUCAAUCAAAAGUUACUGAUUCUCUUAUGUUUUACCAUUAUGUUGAUUAGUCUGAAUAUUUAUUUGAAGUUUUAUUUUAUAAGAUAUUUAUUUAAACAAACACCCUUUAGAAAAAAAAUGUACAGAACUUGCUGCAAAAAUGUAAGGGUGGCACUACAGAGCUGAAUAAAGGUAUAAAAUAGAAAUAUAUUAAUUUUCAAAUUAAAUUGCUGUGUUUGUUUUAUUCUGUGGCUACAAUAAAGUUUGCCUUUCUUUGACGGAGUGGUCCAAGAACACUUGGGCUGUUUAUCUUCCCAUGUCUCUGACAUGUGAAAAUGCAGAAUCCCAGAGGUAUCUUCACCAGGGAAGUACAAAAGGCUUAUUUUGUACCAUUAUACACUUCCUUGUGUGGAAAUCCAAUACUGUGGAGAAUCUUACUGAAAAAUGGCUUUACUAUUUCAAAGUGUUGAGCAAGACAAGUAGGAUUAAGACUGAUUAAGGACUGUACUGACAAAGUGUUCUAAAAAUGCAACAUUUAUUGUCCAUCCCGAAUUGUGCUAAACUGGAUCCACCCUUCAUCUUCAAUCACAGCAAUGCUGAAACUGUGCUCAGUUUUCAGAUGACGAUUUUUGACCCAUGAUAAAGGAACAACAUACUAACAGAAUGAAUGAUUUAUAUAUGCUGAUAUCCCUAUGACUUUGCUAAUCUCACUCUUCUCAAUGGAAGAUGCUGGAGGUGGUUCUGAAAUAAACAUUUUCAGAUACUACAUUACAUCCUGUAAAUAAUAUAACAGUCUCCGUGUUCCACUGGUGGAGGUCAAUUAUGGAGUCCAAUAUCAAGGGCACUGACCAUUGGGGAUACGGUUGAGCAAUCUGUAAUUAAAUACCUCCUAUUUCAGAAGCUUAGCUUUGGCUUAGCUCAGGAGUGUGUGCCUUUUCCUGUACACAUAC